AGAGCAGACUCGCAUUUAUUGUUGUAGUAUUCUGAACUACAGUGAAGAUGUCUGGAAGAGGAAAGACUGGCGGUAAAGCCCGUGCUAAGGCAAAGACUCGCUCCUCCAGGGCAGGACUGCAGUUCCCAGUCGGCCGUGUUCACAGGCUGCUGCGGAAGGGAAACUAUGCCCAGCGUGUGGGCGCUGGAGCUCCGGUGUAUCUGGCCGCUGUGCUCGAGUACCUGACUGCUGAAAUCCUGGAGCUGGCCGGGAACGCCGCCCGGGACAACAAGAAAACCAGAAUCAUCCCGCGUCACCUGCAGCUCGCUGUCCGCAACGACGAGGAGCUCAACAAGCUGAUGGGAGGCGUCACCAUCGCUCAGGGCGGAGUGCUGCCCAACAUCCAGGCCGUGCUGCUGCCCAAGAAAACCGAGAAGCCAGCCAAGAAGUAAAUCAUUCGGACGCCCCUUCUAACAUCUAUAAAACCCAAAAGGCUCUUCUAAGAGCCACC